AUGGAUACUUCGGCAGAUAAUGCUGGCUUCUCUGCCUCCAGUGCGGAGAGAAUGGUUGGAAUGGACCAUGCUGAGGUUCGCUACUUCACGAGUUAUGAUCAUUAUGGAAUCCACGAAGAGAUGCUUAAAGAUGAAGUGAGAACUCGCUCAUAUCGUGAUGCUAUCUACAACAGCAAACACCUUUUCAAGGAUAAAGUGGUUUUGGAUGUUGGAUGUGGCACCGGUAUUCUCAGCAUGUUUGCUGUCAAGGCUGGCGCAAAGCAUGUUAUCGGUGUCGACAUGUCUUCCAUCAUUGGAAAGGCCCGCGAGAUCGUCGAGGCAAACGGAAUGUCUGAUAAGAUUACCCUUCUCCAGGGCAAGAUGGAGGAGGUAGAGCUCCCUUUCCCCAAGGUUGAUAUUAUCAUUUCUGAGUGGAUGGGUUAUUUCCUUCUCUACGAGUCCAUGUUGGACACUGUUCUUUAUGCCAGAGACAACUACCUCAACCCCAAUGGCCUGAUCUUCCCCGACAAGGCCACCAUCUAUCUUGGUGCCAUUGAGGACGGUGACUACAAGGAAGAGAAGAUCGGAUUCUGGGAUAACGUUUAUGGUUUCGACUAUUCUGCCAUGAAGGAUGUUGCCCUCACCGAGCCCCUUGUUGAUACUGUUGAGCUUAAAGCUCUGGUCAGCGACCCCUGCGCUAUCAUUACUCUCGACCUGUACACCGUCACCACCGCGGAUCUCUCGUUCAAAGUUCCUUUCACCCUUACCGCAAGACGUGACGACUAUAUCCACGCCCUGAUCGCCUGGUUCGAUAUCGACUUCACCGCCUGCCACAAGCCUGUCCACUUCUCAACGGGCCCACAUGCCAAGUACACCCACUGGAAGCAGACCGUCUUUUAUCUCCGUGACGUCCUCACCAUCCGUGCCCAGGAAUCAGUUACUGGAUUUUUGGAAAAUAGACCAAACCAGAAGAACAAGCGUGAUCUCGACAUUACCAUAGGAUUCGAGUUUGAUGCCAAGGACGAGACUCGUAACUCACAGGGUCUCUGCCAGUACAGAAUGUGCUGA